AUGGCUAGUGCUGGUGGCGAAAAUGGCGAUCGGAGCUGCAGAAAAGAGUUGAGAACAGUAUUUGCAUACAAUAUUUCAGAUAGCAUGCACUGGAAAGGAUUAUGGGCACUAUUUAGCUUUCAUGGGAAUGUAGUGGAUACUUUCAUUUCAGCUAAGAGAAGUAAGGAGGGUAAAAUGUUCGUCUUUGUGAGGUUUUCCAAAUGCGAGUAUGCUCAAAGAGCAAUUUCAAGGCUGGAUGGUUUCGUGAUGUUGGCUAAGAAGAUCUGGGUGAAGAUGGCCAAAUACAGUGGCAAGAGAAAAAUUUGGAAAAAAGUACAGGCUAAGGAAAAAAGCAGCUUUUAA